AUAAUUGCAAUAGUCAUGGAUCAGUUCACUGACAGGGACAUCUUCCGAGAUAUAGUAGAUGCAGCAUUCAAACGUCGGAUCCCAGUCUAUAUGAUCUUAGAUGAAGAGGGCUCCAUACUCUUCCUGGAGAUGUGCAAAUGCAUGGACCUAAAUGAUUUCCAUAUCAGGAACAUUCGUGUACGUUGUGUGACUGGAGUCGGGUUCUACAUGCCAUCAGGGAAGAUCCAAGGCAAUUUGGCCAGUCGUUUCUUAAUGGUAGAUGGUGAAAAAGUCCUCACUGGAUCUUAUAGUUUCACGUGGGCCUCAUCUCACAUAAACAGAAAUAUUCUCUUGUGCCUAAGUGGACAGCACGUUGAAAUGUUUGACACUGAAUUCCGUGAGCUCUAUGCCAUUUCAGAGGAGGUCAAUCUUUACAAGGAGUUGAACAUUCCCUGUCCUUUCCGUCAUGGUAUUGGCAAUCUUGGUUUUUCUUCCUCUACUGUAGCCCGGAAAGUUAUCAACCCAAAAUAUGGACUGGUGAUAGGUAUUACUCCAGGUGAAAUGUUGCGCCGUCAGAGGGACCAGUCACAAGAGAAACUUGAAGGAAGAGAAGACGAAAGUGAAUCAAGUAAACGACUAGAUAGUUUUCUUAAUGACCUUAUAACAGUCAAGCAGGUGCUGCCAGAUAUAGAACCUCCACUUGAGAAUGUGAGCACACCAGAACCUCAAAAGCUAUUUUCCCGAUUCCACUUAGACCUCAAAUCCAAAUCCAAAUCCAAAGAGUCUGUCUGUGACCAUAGGAAGGAUGAAUUGGCUGAUAGGGAAGUCAAUUUCAAACAAGGCAAGAAGUUUAGCAGUGGAUUUUUCAGAAAGGCCAAGCGACCUCCACCUUUGAAUGUUGAUGCCAAUUCUGCUACUAGUGAGACUGCUGAAGACUUGAUGGGUGUAAAGAUACCAAAGGAAUGCAACACCAGUUUUCAUAGUACUGGAGACAAUUCAGAUAAUAUAAGUCCAAGUUCCCUCCCAGGGGGAAAAAAUAAACAGUCACUCUGUAUGGUCUCAUGACUGAAGAAAAACUACUGGAAAAUUAGAAUUCAAAAGGCAUCUACUGGAAUAUACGAUAAGUGCAUUCUUUCAAACUUUCAGUCUGACAUCCUCACAAUGCUGCAUGUAACCACUGCAGUUUCCAAGACAGAGCUGGUAUUGCCAGUUAAAGCACACCAACUGAGUAAAACUAUGUUCUGGAAGAUCCUUGCAUAAUGGUAGCAAUAUUUUUUUUUAAAGCAUGACAACUGCAUUUUGAAUUUAACUCUAUCGAAAUGUUGCUGAGGAAGAGUUGGGUGGCCUUAUAAAUGUCUAAAUAAAUAACAUGUCAAGGUGCUUUCCUUCUUUUAGUGAUAUUUUAGUUUGUCAGGCUUCAGAUUUAAAAGAAUGUGGUUGCAUCAUUGAUAACUGCACUGAAUUUUAUUAACUUUCUGGGAUAGAAAAUAAAAAAUGAAAUUAGUUUGAAUAAAAUAUUUU